CUUGCAGGGUCCUUUUUGCUUUGCUGCUCUGAGGUCAGAGAGUUGAGUAGAUGGUUGUUCUUCAGAAAAAAAUGGUUAUUUCUUUGAACACAUGCCUGGGCCUUACCUGUUUAUUAUUAUGCCACUGGAUAAGGACAGCGUCACCUCUGAAUCUUGAAGACCCUAAUGUGUGUAGCCACUGGGAAAGCUACUCAGUAACUGUGCAAGAGUCAUACCCACAUCCCUUUGAUCAAAUUUACUACACCAGCUGCACUGACAUUCUGAACUGGUUUAAAUGUACACGGCACAGAAUCAGCUAUCGGACAGCCUAUCGACAUGGGGAGAAGACUAUGUAUAGGCGCAAGUCCCAGUGUUGUCCUGGAUUUUAUGAAAGCAGGGAAAUGUGUGUCCCCCACUGUGCUGAUAAAUGUGUCCAUGGUCGCUGCAUCGCUCCAAACACCUGUCAGUGUGAGCCUGGCUGGGGGGGCACCAACUGCUCCAGUGCCUGCGACGGUGACCACUGGGGGCCGCACUGCAGCAGCCGGUGCCAGUGCAAAAACAGGGCUCUGUGCAACCCCAUCACGGGGGCUUGCCACUGUGCUGCAGGCUUCCGGGGCUGGCGCUGCGAGGACCGCUGUGAGCAGGGCACCUACGGUAACGACUGUCACCAGAGAUGCCAGUGCCAGAAUGGAGCCACCUGUGAUCACGUCACAGGGGAGUGCCGCUGCCCACCCGGAUACACUGGAGCCUUCUGUGAGGAUCUUUGUCCCCCUGGCAAGCACGGUCCGCAGUGUGAGCAGAGAUGCCCCUGCCAAAACGGAGGAGUGUGUCAUCACGUCACGGGGGAGUGCUCUUGCCCUCCUGGCUGGCUGGGCACAGUGUGUGGUCAGCCUUGCCCCGAGGGUCGCUUUGGAAAGAACUGUUCCCAAGAAUGUCAGUGCCAUAAUGGAGGGUCGUGUGAUGCUGCCACAGGCCAAUGUCAUUGCAGUCCAGGAUACACGGGGGAACGGUGCCAGGACCAGUGUCCUGUAGGUUCCUACGGAGUUCGCUGUGCUGAGACCUGCCAGUGUGUCAAUGGAGGGAAAUGUUAUCAUGUGAGUGGCUCAUGCCUUUGCGAAGCAGGCUUUUCCGGGGAGCACUGUGAGGCGCGCCUGUGUCCGGAAGGGCUCUACGGCAUCAAAUGUGACAAGCGGUGUCCUUGCCACCUGGACAACACUCAUAGCUGUCACCCCAUGUCUGGUGAGUGUGCCUGCAAGCCUGGCUGGUCGGGACUCUACUGUAAUGAGACAUGCUCUCCUGGAUUCUAUGGGGAAGCUUGCCAACAGAUCUGCAGCUGCCAAAAUGGGGCUGACUGUGACAGUGUGACCGGAACGUGCACCUGUGCCCCGGGAUUUAAAGGGACUGACUGCUCUGCCCCGUGCCCUCUGGGAACCUAUGGGGUGAACUGUUCCUCUUUCUGUGGCUGUAAGAAUGAUGCUGUCUGCUCUCCUGUGGACGGGUCGUGUUCUUGCAAGGCAGGCUGGCAUGGCGUGGACUGUUCCAUCAGCUGCCCCAGUGGCACAUGGGGCUUUGGCUGUAACUUAACUUGCCAGUGUCUCAACGGUGGAGCCUGCAACACCCUGGAUGGGACAUGCACCUGUGCACCCGGAUGGCGCGGGGAGAAAUGUGAGCUGCCCUGCCAGGACGGCACAUACGGGCUGAACUGUGCCGAGCGCUGUGACUGCAGCCACGCGGAUGGCUGCCACCCCACCACGGGCCACUGCCGCUGCCUCCCCGGAUGGUCAGGAAUCCACUGUGACAGCGUGUGUGCUGAGGGUCGCUGGGGCCCCAACUGCUCCCUGCCCUGCUACUGUAAAAAUGGGGCCUCGUGCUCCCCUGACGACGGCAUCUGUGAGUGUGCGCCGGGGUUCCGAGGCACCACCUGUCAGCGAAUCUGUUCCCCGGGUUUCUAUGGGCAUCGCUGCAGCCAGACAUGCCCACAGUGUGUGCACAGCAGUGGGCCCUGCCACCACAUCACCGGCCUGUGCGACUGCCUGCCUGGCUUCACGGGCGCCCUCUGUAAUGAAGUGUGUCCCAGUGGCAGAUUUGGGAAAAACUGUGCAGGAAUUUGUACCUGUACCAACAAUGGAACCUGUAACCCUAUUGACAGAUCUUGUCAAUGUUAUCCGGGAUGGAUCGGCAGUGACUGCUCUCAGCCUUGUCCACCCGCCCACUGGGGCCCAAACUGCAUCCACACGUGCAACUGCCACAACGGGGCCUUCUGCAGCGCCUAUGACGGGGAAUGUAAAUGCACUCCUGGCUGGACAGGGCUCUACUGCACUCAGAGAUGUCCCCUGGGGUUUUAUGGAAAGGACUGUGCGUUGAUAUGCCAGUGUCAAAACGGAGCUGACUGUGACCACAUCUCUGGGCAGUGUACUUGCCGCACAGGGUUCAUGGGGAAGCACUGUGAACAGAAGUGCCCUGCAGGAACGUACGGCUAUGGCUGUCGCCAGAUAUGUGACUGUCUGAACAACUCCACCUGUGACCACAUCACUGGGACCUGUUACUGCAGUCCUGGAUGGAAGGGGGCACGGUGUGAUCAAGCUGGUGUUAUAAUAGUUGGAAAUCUUAACAGCUUAAGCAGAACCAGUACGGCCCUUCCUGCUGACUCCUACCAGAUCGGGGCCAUUGCGGGCAUCAUCAUUCUUGUCCUGGUUGUCCUCUUCCUGCUGGCGCUGUUCAUUAUUUAUAGACACAAGCAGAAGGGAAAGGAGUCGAGCAUGCCAGCAGUGACCUACACCCCUGCUCUGCGGGUCAUGAAUGCAGACUAUGCCAUUGCAGAAACCCUUCCUCACAGCAAUGGCGGAAAUGCCAACAGCCACUACUUCACCAACCCCAGCUACCACACACUUACCCAGUGUGCCACAUCCCCUCACGUCAACAACAGGGACAGGAUGGCCAUGGCAAAGUCAAAAAAUAAUCAGCUGUUUGUGAAUCUGAAAAACGUGAAUCCUGGAAAGCGAGGCCCCGUGGCGGACUGCACGGGAACGCUGCCCGCGGACUGGAAACACGGUGGCUACCUCAACGAGCUGGGUGCUUUUGGACUGGACAGAAGUUAUAUGGGGAAAUCCUUGAAAGAGCUGGGAAAGAAUUCUGAGUAUAAUUCAAGUAACUGCUCCCUAAGCAGUUCUGAAAACCCAUAUGCCACUAUCAAAGACCCACCUGUACUUAUCCCCAAAAACUCAGAAUGCGGCUACGUGGAGAUGAAGUCACCAGCACGGCGAGAUUCCCCAUAUGCAGAGAUCAAUAACUCAAGUUCAGCCAACAAGAAUGUCUAUGAAGUUGAACCUACAGUGAGUGUUGUCCAAGGAAUAUUCAGCAAUAAUGGGCACCUCAUCCAGGAUCCAUACGACCUUCCAAAGAACAGUCACAUCCCUUGCCAUUACGACCUGCUGCCAGUCCGAGACAGUUCAUCCUCCCCCAUGAGAGAGGAUGCAGGCAGCAGCAGCAGCGGCAGCAGCAGCAGCAGCAGCAGCAGCAGUGAAUGACACCAAAGGACCAUCUGGUAGCCACUGGAACCCUUUCCAGAACUGCAAUUCAGUUCUUCUCCAUCCUCAAGUUUGCCACCUUAUGUGAAUGUUAAUCCACUUGGUAGGCAGUCGCUGGACAGAAACCAGAAAGCUCAAAACUGAGGCUGACCGAGUAUAGGGCCUUUUGUACAGGUGGCUUGGAAGGAGAUGUCAGUGUGAUUUUUUUCCAUUCUUGUUAGUUUUAGAACUGCACCCAUGAAGCAUGACUCACUGUAAAACCUUGGCUACAAGCAUGAACUUGCAGAACCCCUUCAGAGACGUGGGUUGCGGUGGGCAUUGGUAUUAUUGCUUGAAAACUAAAGUUAAAAUGUUUUCUUUUUCAUUUGCAUUUUAGACCUGUACCUAGGAUUGUGCAGUUUCCCAUAAAAUUUAGUGUGAAUCACUAAACAUGUAGAAGAAAUGGGGCAUAUUAUUGAGUCCCAAUUAUCUGUUUAUUUCUUUUCAGCUGGACUCAGAGUGGUAGGGAUAAUAUGAACCCAGGAGGAAACAUUCUCUCAAGUGUCAUAACUGGGUAGACUAAACUCUAGAAGUGGAUAGAAAAGUUAAAUAUGAACACUUUAGACUUCUUUUAGAAUGAAGAAAUGUACAAUUAGAAUUAUUUUAGAAAUACUAGAAUUUUUACAGGAAUCAAUACAUGCCAGACAGAGGUGAUUUUUCUCUCUGACUGUUGGCCCACUUUAGAUCCAGGACUUUAUCCUGAUCACUGUCCCCACCAUAUACCAUAUACACAUUCACCACUUGAGAUCCAUAACAUAUCAGUAAUUAUUUCAUAAAUAUGGAAAUGAAAUAAAUUUAUUUUUGACAGACUGGAUUGAAUGAGUGUAUAAUGAUUGGAAAAGGUUGUAAAUUUUAAGUGUAAGAAGACACUUAAGUUUUGUAAACCAUUAGUAAUACAUGCUGUAAUAUAGAAUUAGCAGAAAGUUUUUAUUAAUUUUUCCCUAGAAGUGACUGAAAUAUUUUUAUGCGUAUUGAGAAAAGGGCACUUUUCUUUUAUUAAUUGUUGAUUUAGAGAAACUAUGCUUAAGCUGGUCUUUUGCAUUGCUAAUAUGACAUGUACCCCAUUUUUCUUUAAUUUGUAUUUUCAUUUUU